GCCAGUCAUCAAACUCCGUCAGUUCCGGAGUGUUGCGCAGUUUCUGUAGCUUUCUUCUGGGGUUGUGUAUGUUAGGGUUUUUGUGUUGUUUUAUUUGCUGAUUUCGAUAUAAGAUCCAAUCAUGGCUAUGCAAGCAGCGAAACGUGCGAAUAUUCGGUUACCUCCUGAAGUGAACAGAAUAUUGUACAUUCGUAAUCUACCUUAUAAAAUCACGGCUGAAGAAAUGUACGACAUUUUUGGGAAAUAUGGACCCAUUCGUCAAAUCCGAGUUGGGAAUACACCAGAGUCACGGGGAACCGCCUAUGUUGUGUAUGAGGACAUCUUUGAUGCGAAGAACGCCUGUGACCACUUGUCUGGAUUUAACGUCUGCAACAGAUACCUGGUAGUGUUGUACUACAACGCGAACAGGGCCUUCCAGAAAAUGGACACAAAGAAGAAAGAGGAACAGCUAAAACUUCUCAAGGAGAAAUAUGGAAUAAACACAGACCCACCAAAGUAGUCACGACCAUCCUGCCAAGUGCAACUUUUCAUUUAAUUUUUUUGUAUUUUUUUUUUUGUUAUGUCACAACAUGUGCUCCUUAAUUUUGUAUUGUUUAUUUGGUUUCAGCUUUUAUAAAGCAUAUAAAACUGCAUUGAAUUUUGUACAUACAAGCAGUAGCAGUAUUUCAUUAAUACAGCGGUUUGAAAAAGAUUGAAAACAGAAUAGAAAUGGGUACUAGUGGAUGAUUAUUUUACUAAAUUAAAAAUAAACUUUUUUGACCAAA